AUGUCUAAAUAUGGGGAGGCGGUGGCUUUACUCGGUUCACGAGAUCUGCGCGACCUUGUAAACAAUUUCAAGCGACGCGCGACCGGGCAUCGCGUUAUCCAGCCCAAGGCUAUGGCCGCGCCGAAUAUCGCCAAUCCUCAAUUUCCCCAACUCGCUCAAGCUCUGCCUCAUCUCAACGGCAGGCAACCCACUUUCACCAACCGCGACCGUCUCCAGUCCAUCAUCCGACGUGUGCAAAUACUUCGCGAGCAAGGUUUUACUCCAGAGUCGUCACCCGAACUUUCCAAGCUCUAUCAAGUUCUCUCUGCGGUUACUGCAGGAAAUGUUGAACACCCACAACAAUCCCUCCUCAAUGGCCACUCAUCGACGACUCCCGUCAUCAACGGAACGCCCGUGCCCAACGGUAGUCCCCUCACCAAUGGACCUAUUCCUCCCCAGCCGUUUCCCUCAGCGCCUCAAACACCGGUUUCGUUUACUCCAGAGCAGUACGAUGCUCUCCGCGCCCAGAUCAAGGCGUUCAAGAUGCUGAUGUACAAUAAACCUAUACCGGAAUCUCUCCAGCAAGCGAUGCGGGUGCCCAAUCAGGCUGUGCCCGAGUUAGAGAAAAUGCUGCAGGGACAGGAUGUCAACGCUCGCAUAGUCGACGGUGCCGUCAAGAUGCACAAGAGCGUUAGCGGAAGCUCAGCGGGUGCAGGAGAGCAGACGCAAGGAGAAGCCGAUGAAUCUGUGAAGGUGGAGGAUGUAGAUAUGGCUGACCUACCGAAAGGGCCCUUUUUCGAGGAGGACAAGAAAUCGGGGAUCCAUCCGUACAACGCAUACAUGCACCCCCUCGAUCACUUAAAGGUAGACGAUGCGACCACUCCGAAUGCGUAUGCCACUCGAUUACAGCGACUGUUGAUUCCAUCGGUAAUGCCUGCAGGCUUAGACCCGCACCAAGUCAUCGCAGAGCGCAAUAGAUAUGUUGACGCUCGGAUUGCGCAACGGAUACGCGAACUCGAGCAACUACCUGCGACGAUGGGUGAAGGCGGAAUGGGAAACGUUUUAGACGAUAUCGCGAAGGACGAUAUAGAGAAUUCUGCCGAAGAGGUUUCACUCCAAGCCCUGGCUCACCCCAGUCCCAACGCUCACGGCAAGCUGCGUGCGAUUAUCGAGCUGAAAUCGCUGCGGGUGUUGGACAAGCAGAGACAGAUGCGUGCGCUCGUUGCAGAGCGGCUAACACACGGCUCGUUGCUACCACUCAAUAGGGCAGACUUCCGUCGGCUACGCAAACCGACCAUUCGAGAUGCACGUAUGACAGAGCAGUUGGAGCGCAAACAACGCGUGGAUCGCGAGCGGCGGGCGAAGCAGAAGCAUGUCGAACAGCUCGGUAUCAUCUGUGCACACGGACGUGAAGUCGUCGCUGUAAACCGCUUCGCACAGGACCGCAUUGCCCGGCUGGGCAAGGCCGUGUUAUCGUUCCAUGCCCAUACCGAAAAGGAAGAACAGAAGCGCAUAGAGCGUAUCUCAAAAGAGCGUCUCAAGGCUCUUAAGGCUGACGAUGAGGAGGCGUACAUGAAGCUGAUUGAUACAGCUAAGGAUACGCGUAUCACCCAUCUACUCCGACAGACCGACGCAUACCUUGAUUCGUUGGCGCAAGCAGUAAUGGAGCAGCAGCGUGAUGACUCGAUGCAUGAUGGUCCUAGCUUACAGUUUGAUGUUGAGGAAGGUCCAACGAGUGAGGAGACGUUCGGUGCUCAGAAAUUCGAGGGGGAGCAAGACGACAAGGGCAAAACGGAUUACUAUGCGGUCGCUCACAAGAUCAAGGAGAAGAUCACGAGACAGCCAAGCUUGCUUGUCGGUGGUACUCUGAAGGACUAUCAGAUCAAGGGUCUACAGUGGAUGGUCAGUUUGUACAACAACAAGCUGAACGGCAUCCUUGCAGACGAGAUGGGUCUCGGGAAGACGAUUCAAACUAUCUCCCUCAUCACAUUUCUUAUAGAAUCGAAGAAACAGCGCGGCCCGUAUUUAGUUAUUGUUCCGCUAUCCACAAUGACCAACUGGUCUGGCGAGUUCGCGAAGUGGGCGCCUGGCGUGAAGAUGAUUUCUUACAAAGGUAAUCCCACUCAGCGCAAGGUCUUGCAAAGCGACAUUCGUCAAGGUAAUUUCCAAGUUCUACUUACAACAUACGAAUACAUCAUCAAGGAUCGCCCUCACCUCGCUCGUCUUCGAUGGGUGCACAUGAUCAUUGAUGAGGGCCAUCGUAUGAAGAAUACCCAGAGCAAGCUUGCACAGACGCUCACGCAACACUACCACUCGCGCUACCGGCUUAUUCUCACAGGAACUCCCUUGCAGAACAACCUUCCGGAAUUGUGGGCCCUGCUUAAUUUUGUUCUACCCAAAAUCUUCAAUUCUGUCAAGUCUUUUGACGAAUGGUUCAACACGCCGUUCGCAAACUCGGGUACUGGAGACAAGAUCGAGCUGAACGAAGAAGAAGCACUACUCAUUAUUCGUCGUCUGCACAAGGUGCUCCGGCCUUUCCUGCUUCGCCGUCUCAAGAAGGAUGUCGAGUCCGAGCUGCCGGACAAGGUCGAGAAGGUCAUUAAGAUUCGCAUGAGCGCAUUGCAAUCGCAGCUUUACAAACAGAUGAAGAAAUACAAGAUGAUUGCGGACGGCAAAGACUCCAAGGGGAAAUCGGGUGGAGUCAAGGGCCUCAGCAACGAGUUGAUGCAGUUGCGGAAGAUUUGCCAGCAUCCGUUCCUAUUCGAGAGCGUCGAGGAUAAGAUCAACCCCGCCGGUAUCAUCGAUGAUAAGAUCAUUCGGUCGUCGGGAAAGAUCGAGCUACUAUCGCGGAUUCUACCCAAGUUCUUCGCGACCGAUCAUAGAGUCCUUAUCUUCUUCCAAAUGACCAAGGUCAUGGAUAUUAUGGAAGAUUUUCUCAAGAUGAUGGGCUGGAAGUACCUUCGGCUUGAUGGUGGCACCAAGACAGAAGACCGCGCUGGUCACGUCGCGCAGUUCAAUGCACCGAAUUCUGAUAUCAGGGUCUUUAUCCUGUCCACGCGGGCCGGUGGCCUUGGACUUAACUUGCAGACGGCCGAUACAGUCAUUAUCUUUGACAGCGAUUGGAAUCCUCAUGCUGAUCUUCAGGCUCAAGACCGUGCUCAUCGUAUUGGUCAGACUAAGGUGGUUCGGAUUUUGCGAUUCAUUACCGAAAAGAGCGUGGAGGAGGCUAUGUUCGCUCGCGCCCGCUACAAGUUAGACAUCGAUGACAAAGUUAUUCAGGCGGGUCGUUUCGAUAAUAAGUCUACUCAAGAGGAGCAAGAGGAGUUCCUGCGUUCCAUUCUGGAGGCUGAUCAGGAGGAAGAGAAUGAAGAAGCUGGUGACAUGAACGAUGAAGAAAUUAACGAGAUAAUCUCCCGUUCUGAUGAAGAAGAGAGAAUAUUCCGCGAUAUCGACAUCCAGCGUGAUCGUGAAGCCCAGGAAGCAUGGAAGGCUGCCGGACACCGAGGCAAACCGCCGCUGCCCCUCAUGCAACUCGAGGAACUCCCUGAUUGCUAUCGAACGGACGAACCGUUUGAGAACAAGGACGAGUUUGAUGAGGUUGAGGGCAGGGGUCAUCGCCGCAGAGCGAUCGUCAAUUAUACCGACGGCCUUAGCGACGACCAGUGGGCGAUGGCUUUGGAGGACGGCGAGGAUUUGCAAGAGCUUGCGGAGCGGCAACGAGAGAGGAACACACGACGCGGCAGGAAUCUUGAUUCUCUGGACUCACCAGCACCGGAAAUAGAAACACCACGCGGACGCAAAGCUAAGAAGGGCAAAGGUAGAACAGCUGUAGACCAGGAUACGACGCCGGCCAAUGGCAAGAGGAAACGCGGUGCGAAAGCUAUGUCAGUGACGCCGUCGAUACAAGGAGAUGACGAUGAGGAGCGUGAUACGGCAAGUCUAUGUAUUCUCAAACGCCGGAAGACCAAAGGAUCGGAAAUACCCCCUCCUAUCCGAGAGAAGAUGAAGAAGGCGUUCAACGAGAUCUAUAGAGCUGUCCUCGCUUGCGAAGAUGAACACGGUCGAAAGCGCUGUGAACUUUUCAGAGAAGUACCGGAUAAGAGGGAAUACCCCGAUUACUAUCAGCUUAUCAGUAAACCUAUUGCUCUUUCCACUCUCCGCAAGCGGCUGCAGAGUAACUAUUACAAGAAUGUCUUGGAUUUCCGGGAAGACUGGAGGCUCAUGUUCAACAAUGCCCGCACAUACAACCAGGAAGGGUCUUGGGUGUAUGUGGACGCAGAGGAGAUGGAAAAGGUGUUCAAUGCAGCCUAUGACCGCCUCAUCGCUGGAAGCUCUUUGCCUGGUGCACCACCUGCGCUUCCAGCGCCAUCAGGUACCUACGAUAGUGCGCUGACUCCAGUGGAGGACGAGAGGAUACCGGCCAAAGUGAAAGGCGGUCGGAAGCAAAUCCUCAGUGACGAUGAGUACCUGACAAACCCCAGUGAUGACGAGUGA